ACUUCUGUGCUCUUCACUUUUAUAUUUUCCACUACCAUUAAUUUCUUUGUCCUAAACUUCAACAUAUACACCAAACAUGCCUGCUCCAACCUCCUCCUCCUCUUCUUCUUCUUCUUCUUCUUCUUCUUCUUCUUCUCCUCGCCUUCUCUCACUGUCUUUUGUUUUCACUUGUUUGCUCAUUUUCUUGCCAAUUUCUCUAGCCAAAACCACCAAUACUACUCGCCCUCCACACCAACUCUCCGUUAACUACUAUACAAAAACCUGCCCUCAACUUGAGCAACUUGUUGGUUCAGUCACUUCCCAACAGUUUAAAGAAACGCCAGUUUCAGGGCCAGCCACCAUUCGCCUAUUCUUCCAUGACUGCUUUGUAGAAGGCUGUGAUGCUUCAAUAAUGAUAUCAACAAAGCCUGGAGGCACAGAGUUGGCAGAGAAGGAUGCAGAGGAUAAUAAGAACUUGAGAGUGGAAGGAUUUGAAAGCAUUAGGAAAGCUAAGGCCUUGGUUGAGAGCAAAUGCCCUGGUAUUGUCUCUUGCGCAGAUAUUCUUGCAAUUGCAGCAAGAGAUUAUAUCCACCUGGCAGGGGGACCUUAUUACCAAGUGAAGAAAGGGAGAUGGGAUGGAAAAAUAUCAAAGGCAUCAAGGGUGCCUUAUAAUCUCCCUCGUGCAAAUUCAACAACUGAUCAACUAUUGAAGCUUUUUAACUCCAAAGGAUUAACACUAGAAGACCUAGUGGUGCUUUCAGGUGCACAUACAAUUGGAUUUGCCCAUUGUAAGCAAUUUAUUAGCCGCCUUUACAAUUAUAAAGGCACCAAGCAGCCUGACCCUGUAAUUGACCCAAGGCUCCUCAAGGCACUGAAAAUGUCAUGCCCAGAAUUUGGUGGAAAUGCAGAUAUUGUAGCACCAUUUGAUGUUACUACUCCUUUCUUGUUUGAUCAUGCCUAUUAUGGAAACUUGGAGGCUAAAUUGGGUUUGUUGGCAUCUGACCAAGCUCUGUUUUUGGACCCACGGACCAAGACCCUAGUUCAGCAGCUAGGGAAGGAUAAGCAGAAAUUCUUCCAAGCAUUUUCACUAGCAAUGGAUAAAAUGGGUUCUAUUGGAAUCAAAAGGGGAAGAAGACAUGGAGAGAAGAGGAAAGAUUGUCGCCUACAUGCAUCAUAGAUACAAUUCGAGCUUGAUAUAUUUGUUUUUCCUAUCAUUUUUCACGGGAAAAAAACUGUUGUUAGGUGUUUUGGGGUUUUCUCAUUGUAUUUGAUGCUUGAGAUUUGUAGGAAAGGCGCUUGUGAAUGCAAGCACAGUGAUACAAAUUUAGCAAAACAAUAUUUGGAAAAAAAAAAAGAUCUUUUUUUUUU